AUGGCAAUUCCGAUUCUGCCCAUGUCCAACAUCUUGAACACGGUCGUGGCAGCCCACACGAAGACCCCGGGCAAUCAAUGGGAGUAUUUUGAGUUCAGCGUUAAGUUGACGUUGGCUCGAUGGACUGCCUUGCGCAUGGCCAUGGAAGGCGAAUGGGGCGGCGGCGACAUGCGCCGCAAGUACGAGAUCCUGCUCGAGGACGUGCUCAACUGGUUCAAGUAUCAAAAAUCGGUCGAUUUUGACGACUUGGCCGCUGGCAUUGAAGAGUACAUUGAAAGCGAGUUUGCGCUCGUGUGCGAAGACGGCAGUGUCGACGAAAUCUCCAAAUUGUUGAUCACGCUGGCUCAUGAAUGCAAACAGGGUGACUUUUCCCGCGUCCGCGUGCUUGAGGAGCAAUUCCAAACCACAUCGUUUGCGAUUGAUCUAAAGAAAGCCAAACUCCGAGAAGAAGCAGCCUUGCUGCGACAAGCCCAUCAGCUUGAUGAAAACCAGGACAUGGACACGACCGACGAGCCCCUCGUCGACGAAGAUGGCUUCCAAACCGUGCGCCGUUCGACGCGCAAGAAGGUCCAGCCCAAAUUCUUUGACCCCCAAGUCGAAUUCCCCGGUGCCAACUAAGCCCUGCGCAUUGUUAAUUUACGUUAUUGCUUCCUUGUCGCAAAUGCCAUAUAUCGAAUCUAGAACGGAUAUUUUUGAUAUCAGAGAACAUCGAAUAUAUAUUUUGG